GUUUUUCCCGACGAAUGUUAAUGUCGUUCGUUUGUUUGAAGUUCAGUCAAGCGUUCUAUAACAGCCGUUAUCAAUAUAAAUCAAUUAUGUUUAUUUGCUACCCUUCCAAGUUACUGGUCAAUGAAAUGGCUUCUGGUAGACUGCUGGUUUUAACUCUUGUUUUCAUGACGAUUGUAAAAGCAAAAGACGAACCUUUACCUGUCAGACUACAAGGACCAAAGAGUUCCAGAGGUACUGGUCGAUUAGAAAUAUUUUAUGAAGGAGAAUGGGGUACAAUAUGUGAUGAUCAUUGGGAUUCGAAAGAUUCAAAGGUUGCAUGUCGUCAACUUGGUUAUAAAGUUGGUGUUAGAUUGCGGAGAGGACGUAGUUUUCGUAGAGGAACAGGACAAAUAUGGUUAGAUGAUGUUUCUUGUGUUGGCAAUGAAACAAGUCUUUCAAAGUGUUCACAUCGUGGUUGGGGUAAACAUAACUGUGAUCACAGUGAAGAUGUUGGUCUGGCAUGUUUAAAUGACUUCGAUGAAUGCUACUUGGAAUUGCACAAUUGUAGUAGAAACGCUUUAUGUACAAAUACAGAAGAAGGUUUUACAUGCAUGUGUAAAUCUGGUUACACUGGAAAUGGAUUUCUUUGCACAGACAUCAAUGAAUGUUCUCUUGCGGUGGAUAACUGUCAUCAAAAUUCUAUUUGUAUUAACACUGACGGUUCAUAUUUAUGUAACUGCAAUGAUGGUUAUGUUCGAAAUGGAACUUUUUGUUUAAAACAUCCUCAAACUGUAAGGCUUCAAGGACCAAAGGCUAUUCAUGGCAUUGGUCAUGUUGAAGUGUUACAUAAUGGAGAAUGGGGAACAAUUUGUGAUACGAAAUGGGAUUUGAAAGACGCUGAGGUUGUAUGUCGUCAACUAGGUUACGUAAGUGCAUACAAGGCUUUAAGAAGGCAAUAUGUUCCCUAUGGUAGAAGAACAACUUGGUUAGAUAAUGUUUAUUGUAAUGGCAAGGAAUCAAAUAUUUCAAGUUGUUCAUUUGGAGGAUGGAAAGUCAGCUUUUGUAGUUCGCGCAGGAAUGCUGGGGUCGAAUGUUCUAAAGACCAACCUCCUUUGAUCAGACUUAAAGGACCAAGAAGUACAAAGGGAUCUGGUCGUGUGGAAAUAUUUUAUGAUGGAAAGUGGGGAACAGUUUGUGAUGAUUACUGGGAUUUAAAUGAUGCUAUUGUUGCAUGUCGUCAACUUGGUUAUCAGUAUGCAUCUAAGGCUCUAAAAGGAAAUGAUGUACCUAACGGUAAUGGAACAAUAUGGUUAGAUGAUGUUGAUUGUACUGGAAAGGAGAUGUAUCUUUCAAGUUGCUCACAUGGAAAAUGGGGAAUACAUAAUUGUAAACAUUCUGAAGAUGCUGGUGUUGAAUGUACGAAAGUUUUGAAUGAAUGCUCUAAAUCGUUACACAAUUGCAUCUCUAUUGCUCGAUGUAUUGAUACAGUGGAAAGUUUCAAGUGUGAGUGUCGCUCUGGUUAUACAGGAAAUGGAGUGUAUUGUAAUGAUAUCAAUGAAUGUUCACUUUCUACUGAUAACUGUCAUGAAAAUGCAACGUGUCAAAAUACACCGGGAUCAUAUUCAUGUACAUGUAAAUCUGGAUAUUUUGGAAAUGGAACAUAUUGCACAGACAAACGUCCUCCUAUUAGACUUCAGGGACCAAGAAGUUUAAAUGGAACUGGUCGUGUGGAAAUAUUUUUUGAUGGAGAGUGGGGAACAAUUUGUGAUUAUGGCUGGGAUAUAAACGAUGCGAAAGUUGUUUGUCGUGAACUUGGUUAUAGAUUUGCUGCUAGAGCUUUACAAGGAAUUUAUGUACCUGAUGGUCGUGGAAAAAUAUGGCUAGCUUACGUUUGGUGCCAUGGCAAUGAGCAAAAUCUUUCCAGUUGUUCACAUAGCCAAUGGGGAAGUAAAAAUUGUCGACAUUAUGAAGAUGCCGGUGUUGAAUGUUCUGAGGUAUUGGAUGAGUGUUCUACAUCACGACAUAAUUGCAUCUCUAUUGCUCGAUGUAUUGAUACAGUGGAAAGUUUCAAGUGUGAGUGUCGCUCUGGUUAUACAGGAAAUGGAGUGGAUUGUAAUGAUAUCAAUGAAUGUUCACUUUCUACUGAUAACUGUCAUGAAAAUGCAACGUGUUACAAUACCUACGGAUCUUAUUCAUGUACAUGUAAUUUUGGUUAUUUUGGAAAUGGAACAUUUUGCACAGACAAAAGUCCUCCUGUUAGACUUCAGGGACCAAGAAGUUUAAAUGGAACUGGACGUGCUGAAGUAUUUUAUAAUGGAGAGUGGGGAACAAUUUGUGAUGCUGGCUGGGAUUUACACGAUGCAAAAGUUUUUUGUCGUGAUCUUGGUUAUCAAUUUGCUGCUAGAGCAUUACACGGAAUUUAUGUACCUGAUGGUCGUGGAAAAAUAUGGCUUGAUGACGUUGAUUGCUAUGGCAAUGAGCAGCAUAUUGCAAGUUGUUCACAUAACAGAUGGGGAACGCACAAUUGUGAACAUUUUGAAGAUGCUGGUGUUGAAUGUGCUAAUGUUUUAGAUGAAUGUUCUUUAUCAGGACACAAUUGCCACUACAAUGCUCGUUGUAUUGACACCAAGGAAGGUUUUAAGUGUGAGUGUCGUUCUGGUUACUUAGGAAAUGGAGUGAAUUGUUAUGAUCUUAAUGAAUGUUCACUUUCUACUCAUAACUGUCAUGAAAAUUCAGUGUGUCAUAAUACACAGGGAUCUUAUUCAUGUACAUGUAAACCUGGAUAUUUUGGAAAUUGCAUAGACGAACGUCCUCCUAUCAGACUUCAGGGACCAAGAAGUUUAAAUGGAACUGGUCGUGUGGAAAUAUUUUAUGAUGGAGAAUGGGGAACAAUUUGUGAUGAUGGCUGGGGUUUAAGUGAUGCAAAAGUUGUUUGUCGUCAGCUUGGUUAUAGAAAAGCUAAGAGGGCUCUACAAGGAGGAUCAGUUCCUGAUGGUCGUGGAAAAAUAUGGCUUGAUGAUGUUCUUUGCAAUGGUCAUGAAAAGUAUAUUUCAGAUUGUUCCCAUAACAAAUGGGGAAGACAUAAUUGUGGACAUUCUGAAGAUGCUGGUGUGGAAUGCUCAGGUGAAUUCGAUGAAUGUACUGCAAACGUACACAGCUGUAGCAUUAAUGCUGAAUGUGUCGACACUGUACAAAGUUUUAAAUGUAUUUGUAACCCAGGCUUUACAGGAAAUGGGAAAUAUUGUAAUGACAUCAAUGAAUGUUCUCUUUCUACUGAUAACUGCCACCAAAACGCAACAUGUAUUAACAACAAAGGAUCAUUUUCGUGCAAAUGCAACUUUGGUUAUUUUGGAAAUGGAAUCAUAUGUUCUGACCAAGUACCUCUUCUAAGAUUGGAAGGAGCAAAAAGUAAAAAUGGUACUGGCCGUGUUGAAAUUUUUUAUAUGCAACAAUGGGGAACAGUAUGCGACGAUGACUGGGAUUUAAAAGAUGCUGAAGUUGUUUGUCGUCAACUUGGUUAUGAUUAUGCAGUAAAAGCUCUACCAGGAAGUCAUACAUCACAUGGUCAUGGAAAGAUAUGGUUGGAUGAUGUUAAAUGUACUGGUAGUGAACCAAAUUUAGCAAGUUGUGUAAAUAACAAAUGGGGAAAUCAUAAUUGUGAACAUCAUCAAGAUGCUGGUGUGGAAUGCUCUAAAGAUUUUGAUGAAUGUUCUCUUCAGUUGCACAACUGCAGCAGUAAUAGUCAAUGUAUAAACACGAUGGGAAGUUUUUCAUGUUUUUGUAAAUCUGGAUAUACAGGAGUCAAUUGUACAGACAUUAACGAAUGUUCUCUGUCUAUUGGUAAUUGUCAUGAAAAAGCAGCUUGUUUCAACACAGAAGGAUCUUUUUUUUGCAAAUGUAAGCAUGGUUAUCUUGGAGAUGGAACGUUGUGCUCAGAGAAAAAUGACAAAAAGUACAUGCUUGAGAUUCGUUUGAUAAAUCACAAGUUUUCAGAAAGUUUAUUGAAUUCAUCUUCCCACGUCUACAAUAACUUGAAGAAUGAAAUAGAAAGAGAGCUCAACAAUAUAUUCAAAUCGUCUGAUACAAGUUUUUGGUACAUUGAUGCAAGUGUUCUUGGAUUUCAGAAAGGAAGUACAAUUGUAUCUUUUGUCUUAUCCUUGAAACGUCAAUUUAAUCUCGAUCCUCGUGAACUUGUAAAACAAAUAAACAAAUUUGACUCAAUUGCUGGAUACAGUUUUGACAAGACUUGCACAAGAUUGAGAGCCGUUGAUGUUGAGGUGGAAAUCAAACUUUCAAAUAAAACUUUAGACAAAGAUGUAAAGAACAAAUUUUCAUUGGCUUAUCAGAAAUUGAAAGAAAAUGUUAAUACACAGUUUUACAGAUUUUUCAACAACACACCUGGAUUUAAUGAUGUGGAAAUUUUAGAAUUCAAUGAAAAUGAUGGUAUCACAGUGAAUUUUGCAGUCAGUUUCUAUAAAACACCAAAUGAGACAAUAGAUGUUAUUGCAGUAAACGUUGGUCGUAAGAUUAUUAAACAGUUAAAAACUGGUCACAUUGGCGAUGUCAAUGUCAACCCAGAAUUUCUAAGAUUAAAAGUUCCACCUCCUCCUCCGAGGAAUGUAAGACCCUCUCAAGUAAAAGAGACUUUCAUUUAUCUGGAGUGGGAACACCCAGAUCUGUAUCAAUAUUUUUCUAUUCGUUCAUACUACAUCAAGUAUCGUAAAAGUGGUAAAAAUACAUGGCUCAGCAAAUCUUACAGCGCUGAUCUUGCAACGAAAAUGCAACUGAAUAAUUUAAAGAGCAAUACGAUCUACGUAAUUAAGGUGGUUGCUAAGAAUGAUUACAGUUUUGGAAAAGAAAGUGAAGAAAUAGAAGUAAAAACUUUAAAAGAACAAGGAAUGUCACAGUGGUAUUAUCUUGCUCCAAUUAUUGUCGUUGUCUCUUUAAUUGCUUUAAUCGUCAUUAUAUAUUUGGCAAAAUGUACGACUUCGAAAACAAGUGGGCAUCGUAAAUUUAGCAAUGAAGAAAAAAAAUUUUUUGAACUCACUGAAGUGCCUGAAACAAAUAAAUCGUUGAGUUCAAGCGACACAAAUAUGGAGACGCCUUUAACUGCUAACGUUUGAUGAUUUUUUUACGUUUUUGUUAAGUUUAACUAUGUUUUUGUGUCAGAGUGAUAUGAUGAAAACGGUCGACAUGCUUACGUUGUGAUUGUUGGAAAUUAUCUUUGUUUUUCUUUAUUAUUUUUGUGGAAUUUAUCAAUUUAUUUUGUUAAUUUACUGCAACCAAAAUUUCUUA